UUUGUUAAUUAUAACAAAUAUAUAUAUAUAUAUAUAUAUAUAUUAUGUGGAUGUUAGGACUUUUCAAAUUAGACCAGAAAUAUUUCCUUUCGUCGAAAUUAAUAGGUUUAUUAAAGCACAAUAUUAUCCGUAAUACCAAUACUCUAAAAGGAAGAGUUAUAGCAAUAAGACGAGAAGAUCAAUCAGUAUGGGAAAGACGAGCACCAUUGGCACCAUCGAACGUACGGCGAUUAGUCCGAGUAGGUGUAAAAGUGAUAGUCCAACCUAGCAAUAGAAGAGCAUAUCCAGUGCAAAGUUAUCAGGCAGCAGGUGCCUUAGUACAAGAAGAUAUCAGUUCUGCAUCCGUCAUUUUUGGCGUCAAACAAGUACCGGUUGAUCAUUUGAUACCUAAUAAAACGUAUUGCUUCUUUUCACAUACAAUAAAAGCUCAAGAAAACAAUAUGCCAUUGUUGGAUGCAAUUUUGGAAAAAAAUAUACGCUUAUUGGAUUACGAAAAAUUAACUGAUCACAACGGACAAAGGGUGGUAGCAUUUGGUAAAUACGCUGGGGUUGCUGGUAUGGUCAACAUAUUGCAUGGAUUAGGACUUAGACUACUUGCGUUAGGUCACCAUACGCCAUUUAUGCAUAUUGGACCAGCACACAACUACAGAGAUUCAGCAAUGGCAAGACAAUCUAUAAGAGAUGCCGGAUAUGAAAUUGCAUUGGGUGCAAUGCCGAAAUCAAUCGGACCUUUGACUUUUGUUUUUACUGGUAGUGGCAAUGUCAGUCAAGGUGGCCAAGAAGUAUUUCAAGAACUUCCUUAUGAAUUUGUACCACCGGAAAUGCUUAGAAAAGUGGCAGAACAUGGAGAUACCACGAAAAUAUAUGCCUGUGAAGUGAGACGAAGGCAUCAUUUAGAAAGAAAAGAAGGUGGUGGUUUCGAUCCGGAAGAAUAUGUAAAACAUCCCGAAAGAUAUAUAUCUACAUUUAGUAAAAAGAUAGCACCUUAUACUUCGGUUAUAAUAAAUGGUAUUUAUUGGGCAGUUGAUUCGCCAAAAUUAUUGACUAUACCAGAUGCUAAAUAUUUGUUAAGACCUGCUAAUACACCUUGGCUACCGAUCAGUGUUGGUGCACCAGCUUUGCCUCAUCGAAUGUUAGCGAUUUGUGACAUAUCGGCUGAUCCCGGUGGCAGUAUAGAAUUCAUGAACGAGUGUACAACGAUAGAUACACCGUUUUGUCUUUACGAUGCUGAUCGUAAUAAAGAUACGAAGUCGUUCAAAGGUCCAGGAGUUUUAGUAUGUUCGAUCGACAAUAUGCCAACGCAACUUCCCAAAGAAUCAACGGACUUUUUCGGUAAUCUCUUAUAUCCAUAUGCAUUAGAAGUCAUCAUGUCGGAUGCUAAGAAACCAUUAGAGGAACAUAAUUUCAGUCCAGUCGUCAAUGACGCUAUUAUCGCUUCGAAUGGAAAAUUAACACCGAAUUUUGAGUAUAUUCAAGAACUCCGACUAUUGAAUAAUCGAAGUAAACAUAAAGCCGAUAACGGAGAUAAACAGAAUAAAACGGUUGUGAUAUUAGGUGCUGGACAUGUUUCAGCACCAGUCGUUGAAUAUCUCCACAGGGAUAGCAGUAUUAAACUGGUGGUAGUAUCCCAAUUGAAAGAUGAAGUUGAUGUACUGGCUAAUCGAUUUCCUGGCGUUGAACCCAUAUUUUUAAACGUGCUUGAAAGACCAGACACUUUGGAAGAUGUUAUUGGAUCGGCAGACGUUGUUGUAUCAUUAUUACCCUAUUCUUUGCAUCAUGUUAUUGCUAAGGCUUGCAUUGAGACUAGAACGCACUUGGUCACGGCUAGUUAUUUGAAUGACAAUGUUAAAUGUCUUCACGACGAGGCCGUUGCAGCAGGAGUUACUAUUUUAAACGAAAUAGGUCUGGAUCCUGGUAUAGAUCAUUUGUUAGCAUUGGAAUGUUUCGAUGAUGUACGACAAGCUGGUGGAAAGAUAGAAUCAUUUGUUUCAUGGUGCGGAGGUUUACCUGCACCUGAAUGCUCUUGUAACCCUCUACGAUACAAGUUUAGUUGGUCACCAAAAGGUGCUUUGUUAAACACUUUGGCACCAGCCAAGUAUCAUCGAGAUGGUCAGGAAGUAGAAAUAUCAGGUGGUGGUGAUCUAAUGUCAGCUGUACAACCUCUAGACUUUCUUCCUGGAUUUGCAUUAGAAGGAUUCCCUAAUCGAGAUAGUACUAUAUAUCGAGAACUAUAUGGAAUUCAUAAUGCUAGCACCGUAUUACGUGGAACCUUAAGAUUCAAGGGAUUUUCUGAUACCAUACAGGCAUUGCAAUAUCUUGGACUUAUCGAUCCGAAUCCUCAUCCAAUUCUUCAUCCAAAUGGGCCAGAUAUUACAUGGAGAGUAUUGAUAUGUAAUUUACUUGGGCUGGCAAACGACAAGAUAUUUUUUGAGAAUCUCAAACGAAAAAUAGCCGAACGAGUCAAUUCGGAGGAACGCGUACAAGCUAUCGAAGAUUUAGGAUUAUUAGAAGAAAAUUUAGUUUUCAAAUUGAAUACACCAUUGGAUACAUUAACUCAUUAUCUUUCGAAGAAACUCUUUUACGAGAAGAAUGAACGUGAUCUCGUUAUACUCAGACACGAUAUUGGUAUAUUGUGGCCUGACAAUAAAAGAGAAGCUAAAGGAAUUAAUUUGGUAUUGUAUGGGGAUGCAACAACAGGACAUUCUGCUAUGGCUCGUACGGUUGGAUAUCCUGCUGCCAUUGCUGUUAAAAUGAUUCUAGAUGGUGAGAUUCAACAAAGAGGUAUGGUAUUACCAUUCACGCCGGAUAUUUAUCGACCCAUACUUCAGCGUCUUAGAGCAGAAGGUGUCGAAUCUUUUGAAACUUCCAAAUGGUGGUAAAAUAUUUUUAGCAAAUUUAUUUCAAUCAAAUAUUAAACCAAAAUUUAUUUCUAAUUUGAAAAAGGGUAAAAAAGAAAUAUUUGUUGUUUGUGUGAUAUAUGACAAAUAUGAAAUAUUCAAGAUAUAAUUCGAGUCAUUUUAUAUAACGCCAAAGUAUCUUUGAUUUAUUCACUUGGAGGAGCAUUGUUAAUCAUUGACAAAAAGUGGAAUUAUUCCUGUUUUGUUUACAAACGAAUUGCUCUUUAUCUCUCUGGCAGCUAAAAAUCUUACAAUUAAUGACUUAGCAAUUCUUCUUUCUCUUACAACAUUACAUAUAUCUCAUAUCGGAGAUUACGGAUUAUAAAUACAUUUAAUUCGACAGUGUUAAUAUGUUUGUGUGUGUGUCUAUGUAUGUAUGUGUGUGUGCUUUUAUCUAUCUAACCAACGAACAUUUCUAUUGAACCCUAUAGUCAAACUUUGUACGCGUAACGACAAUGUGUGUGUGAUUUAUCAGACAAUGAUAUUUUUCUAAUGUAAUACAAUGUUAUGUUAUGCAUUUCAUUAUUCGAUAAUUUAUUGUUAGAUACUAUAACAAACGCGGAUGAUGAAAUAUCGGACAAAGUAGAACGCCGAAACAGUAAAAAAGAAAAGAACAAUUUCUUUCUAACAAAUGCAACGCAACAGUGUUUUUUUUUUCUUAUCUACAAAGUAUUUUUUUCACAACUCUCUUUCUACCUCUUUUCUCAUUCAUUAUAAUCUUUUAACAUUCUCGUUUAGUUAUAUUUUAAACAUUUUACAUAAAAUUGGCAGUAUGAGAUGGUGAAUAUGCAUUUUAGAGAUACGCUCUGCAUAAACAAUUAUUAAAAAUGAGAUUACAGUAUCUUAUCAGUGAUAAUAAAUCAUACGUAUGAUUUAACUAUUUUUAUUAAUUAUAUUUUUUUUCUUUUUCCUUUUGUUUUAUUUUUUUUUUACCAUAAAAACGUAUCCCACAUUUAUCUCUUUCCCUCUCUCUCUCUCCCUCUUUUUCAACAAUUAUUGAUAGUGUUAUGAAUAUAUUAACGCAUUAUGUAACAAUCAACUAUUUCGAAUGGCAAAUAGCAAAUGUCUUUCUAAGAUUGUUACUACCAGUAUUAAAAUUGUGAACUAACAUUAUUUUAUACUUAUAUUUAUUUAAUUAACUAUUCAUUAAUUUAUCCCUACGAGAGACCUAAAACAAUCGUUACGUACAACCCAACGAUAUUAAAAGCAUUUAUAAACUAUUACAUAACUAUUAAAAACUUUCUUCCUAGAAGAAAGAUUAAAUAGGAUUGACUUAUGUAUAGUUAGAAAAA